AUGACCCCAAAAGGCUCUGUUUUGAUCACCGGUUGUAGUGAUGGAGGUGCCGGCUCUGCUAUGGUGACAGCCUUCCAAAGCCAAGGUUACCGAGUCUUUGCGACCUCUCGCAACUUGAAGACCAUGUCGAAAGUCGAAAACUUACCGAAUGUCAAGUUACUUCAGCUCGACGUAACUAAAUUGGCAGAUAUUCAGGCUGCGACAGACGCUGUGAAAGAAGAAACUGGUGGGACAUUGACAUUUCUCAUCAACUGUGCUGCGCGGAACCACUUCAUGCCGUUACUAGACGAAGAUAUUGAGGCUGCUAAAGCUCUGCACGACACCAACGUCUGGGGUCCGCUCGCGGUGACCCAGUCUUUCGCGCCGUUGUUGAUUAAAGCCAAGGGUACUGUUGUAUUUAUUACGUCCCUAUCCGGAUACCUCAAUGUUCCUUAUCAAGCAACUCUAGCUGGGCUAAUUCUUUUCCAAGGUACAUUUGCUGCUUCAAAGAGGUCCGAGGAGAUCAUGGCGGAAACGUUGCGACUAGAACUCGCGCCGUUCCACGUCAAUGUACUGUCUGUGGUGACUGGUGCUCUCAAAACAAAGGGCCAGAGUCACUUUGAUGAUUGGAAACUGCCAGAGGGAUCCCUGUACAUGCCGGUAGAAUCUACGAUCCGCGACAGAGCCCGCGGACAAGAAGGAGCGCCUAGAAUGGAGGCCACAGAUUAUGCUAAUCGCGUUGUGUCUGAGAUUAUAAAGGGCACAACCGGCAAGUUCUGGUACGGCGCUAGUGCCGGGGCGGUCAAAUUUGGCGCGACAUGGCUUCCUACAUCACUUAUGGACAGCGGCGUGAAGAUAAAAACAGGCUUGGACGUGUUGGCUGAGCAGAACAAAUAG